AUGGAGCAUUGUCUGAUUCUCGAGGGUUUGCCGGAUGAUUUUGACCGUGUGAAAUCAAAAGUUGAGCUUUAUUUUAAAAAUAAAAGACGAUCAGGAGGAGAGAUCGUGCAGAUUCAAGAACAUCAAGAGGACAAACGAAAAGCACUUCUUAUUUAUAUGAACGAAGAAGAUCUGAAGAAGGUGCUUGACAAAAGAAUCCAUAAAGUUGAUUUCAAACGUCAUGGAGCAGUUGAAGUGACAGUGAAACUACCAGAAGACACGAAAAGCAAAAAGAUCAGACCACCAGUUCUGCCAAAGCCCAAGCUGGAGAAGAGCACUCUCCUCAAGUCACAGGCCACUCCUGCGAGCCAGGUCUCUGCAGUAAGACAGCCUGCAACAGAAAUUAAAGACAAUGAGGAGGAUUCAGAAAUACCAGAUCUUCUAAUUACCACCCCUAAUUCAGUUGAUAAGGACACACUUCAGAUGUAUUUUGAGCAGUUUUCAGAGCAAUUUGAGCUAGCAAAGCAUGGAAAUAACAGCUGGAUUCUGAAGCUCUACAGCCAGUCAGAUUUUAAGGAGAUUCUUGGCAAGGAAGAACAUGGUUUUGGUGUAUCUUUAAAAGUGUAUAAAGAUGGAAGUCUGGGAGAGAAGUCAGACCCCCGUCGCUUCAUCUUGACGGGGUUUGAUGGAGACACAGACUGCAAGAUAAUCUCAGUGUUCAUUGGCAGCUGUAGCAAGACGACAGAACACACUUGGGAGACGCUUGAUGAAGAAAGGAUUGUUGUCACCUUCAAACAAGAUAUUGAUGUGAAGUCAUUUAUAAAAAAAUGCACUUCAAAGCCACUACAGGGUCGAGACAUCGGAGUGACGCGUUUGGAGCGGACAGAUUCGAUCCUGGUCCAGGGAGAUUUGGAGAAGAUCAGUGAAGAAAUUCUCACCCUUUACUUCAGCAAUAAGAAGAAGAGCAGAGGAGGAGAGAUCGAGAAAUUCAUUUGGAUCAACAGACGAUCGAGCGCAGUCAUCACCUUUGGAAACUGUGAUGAUGCACAUGCAGUGGUGGAACAAAAACACAACGUUUGUGGCACAGAUGUUCAAGCUUCGCUGUUUUACUCAAGUUUGCAAAAGGCUUUAACUGGAGAAAAACCAACCCUGACUGAUACCAUCACAAAAGUCAACAUUUCUGUCAGUGAAGAUCUACACUGUUUCUUUGAAACCAAUGAGGGAUGUAGAAAACAACUGGAGAGUGAUGCCAAACUUUUUCAUGCCAAAGUUCUUAUUGACAGCACUGCAGCAGCAAGGGAAAUAAUACUGGAGAUGGACGUCAACAAAGAGUCUCUGGCUGCACUGCUAAUCGCACCCACUUGGGAGUCCAAAACAAUGAGGGAAGUUCAAUCCUUUUUGAGCAGAUAUGCCACAGAAGAGCUGCCAGUGGACGAGGACGUCUGGAAGAGAGUUGAAAAUGACUGUGACAGUCUCCUCACGGUUGAUACAGCGCUCUUUUACAAGGAGUGCAACUCUAAAGUUGUAAUUGCUGGAGUGAAAGAGCAGGUCAGGAUCCUUUCGGACAAGAUCAGGACACUCCUGAAGAACGCUACUGUUGAGGUGGAAGUGGAAAGAAACACGAUCGAGGCAACAAUCCAACUAGACUGCAAAGAUACAUUUGAUCUAAUAAAAGAGCGUCUAAAGUCCAAAUUAGGGGAGGUGAGUUUAUCCCAUGAUGAGAAUAAGCACAUAAUAUCUCUCAGAGGUCUGAAGGACAAAGUCAAUUCAGUGGAGAUGUUCAUCAAAGACGCACAGAAGAACAUAAUCACGCACCAGCUGAAGCUAUCUUCUAAUCUGAUUCACUUUCUAAAGUCACUGGAUCUUCAGAAAUUUGAGCAAGACAACCAGAUUCCCGCUAGACUUCUAAACCGAAAAGAUUUUUUUGGGAUCUUGGUUGAGAAAGAAAACCUUAAGAGAGCUGAAGACAAAAUCGGUGAGAUUCUCAAAGAGGAGGUUAUACAACUUUCUCCCAGUCAAACUGGUGAAGCCUGGACACACUUUCUCAAGAAUCUUCAAGAUGAAAUAGAGUCAUUUCAGAAAGCCAACGACAUCAGGAUCACACAAUCAAACACGCAAGUUACAAUAUGUGGGUUUUAUGCAGUUGCAGAUGUUUCAGGAAAAGUGAGGCUAUAUCUGGAGAACAAGGAACCAACGACUGAGAAUGUCCCUCUCAAAUCUGAGCGAGAGGUCGAAUUUGUCGACUCCUGCCUGAAUCUGUCCGAACUCCCUGAACUCAAGCGGCUUGGCGCAACAGUACUUGCUUACAAAGCAUCAAAUUCUCCUUGUCUGAAGGUCACGGCAGCUAAAGACAACAUCAAAGAUGCCGUGGGUGUUGUACAGAAGCAGCUGUCAUCAAUUGUCGUGGAGAAGCAUAAGUAUUGCAAAGCAGGAGAAGCGAAGGUUCUAGAGAAGCAUGAAGCCAAUGUGAAGACAAAAGCCAGAGAGAAGCAGUGCAGCCUGUAUUUAUCACAAGAGCAAAUGGUUAUGUCCGGUCCUCCGAAGAGCUUCACACACAAAAUAGGUAAUUUGAUGACUCUGAGCAUCAUAGAGGGAGAACUGCACCAUUUUACAGCCGACGCUUUGACCUGUCCGAUGAAUGCCAAUCUCAGUUUCAAUAACCCUGUGGCUCAGCGCUUUCUCCAGUUUGGAGGUGACAAGAUUACAGAAGUGUGUAAAAUUCCCCAGAAAGAAAAGCAGUCUCUUCUGCCUGGAGAUGUGCUGCUCAGCGAUGCUGGAAAACUCAGCGCCGGGACGCUCAUUUAUGCAGUGCUCCCGCAGAAAGGUCAGACGCUGGACUCGCACUACCUUCAGUUGGCCGUGCAUAACAGUCUCCUGAGAGCUGAGGGGAAAGGAUGCGUCUCCAUUGCAAUGCCAGCAAUCGGAUGUGAAACUUUUGGAUUCUCCAUUAAAGAAAGUUGCAUGGCGCUCCGAGCAGCUGUACUGCAGUUCUGCACUGACCAUCAGAAUUCACCUACGAAUAUUAGCAAUAUCAGUGUAGUGGAUUCAGAUGAGAAGAUCAUUGAGGAGUACAAUGCUCUGAUCCAAGAACUAGGAUUUCCUGACAUGUCAACAAAAAUCCCCCCAAAAUCCUGCAAGCUUAAACACGGAUCAGACAAAAGAGUGCUGAUCAAUGGUGUGCCGAUAUGCCUCAAGAAGGGUGACAUCACCAAAGAGACGGUGGAUGUCAUCGUGAAUUCAUCCAACACAAGUUUAGAUCUUAACACCGGUGUUUCUGGUGCCAUCUUAAAAGCUGCUGGACAAUCUGUUGUUGACGAAUGCAAAAAGCAAGCUCCUCUGAAAGCAGGUGCAGCAGUGAUGACGGGCGCUGGAGCGCUUCAGUGUAAGAAUAUCGCUCAGAUGGUCGGGCCGGGGAACGUCGCAGACAUCACAGCCUCUCUGGGGAAGGUUUUGAACCUCUGUGAGGGCAAAAUGGCCACAACUCUGGCCAUUCCUGCCAUUGGAACAGGACGAGGUGGCUUCGAUCCCAAAGAAUCCAUCAAAGCCAUUCUCACAGCAAUCGAGAAACAUUUGAAGGAGCCGAACUCAUCCUGCUUCAGGAGCAUCACUAUAGUGGCAUUCGAACAGAAGACCUUUGAUGCUUUUCGUGAAUACUUUAAAGUGUGGAACAAGCCUGCAUGCGGCAAGAUGCCCGAAAAUCAAGUCAAAAUCGGAAGCGUCAGAAUUGAGGUAAAGAAAGGUGACAUCACUAAUGAAACUGUCCGAGGGAUUGUAAACACCACCAACAGAGACAUGAGCCUGAGAGGAGGUGUAUCAGGUGCCAUAUUUAAAGCAGCGGGAGCGUCUGUGGAGCAGGAGUGUAAAAAACACGGUCCACUGCAGAAUGACGUCGCAGCAGUGACCAGCGGUGGGAACCUGCACUGUGACGUCAUCAUUCACAUGGUCGGCCCGCACUCGGCCGCAGAGGUCAAAUCACGUGUGAAGAAUGUUCUGGAGCGCUGCGAGGAGAAGCAGAUCACCACAGUCUCCUUCCCUGCCGUCGGCACUGGUGGAGGAGGAGUUCAGGCUGCGGAUGCCAUCGCUGCCAUGCUGCAGGCCUUUGAAGAUCAUCUGACUCCAAACGUCUCAACUGUGAUCAAGCUCAUCUACAUUGUGAUUAACCAGGAUGAUGUCCUACAAGAGUUUCAGAAAGGUCUCAAGACAUGGACUGCAAAUAUACAGGAAAGUGAGGAGGAGGAUGAUGAUGAUGAUGAUGGUGAAGAUGGUGAUGAUGAGUGGGAUGAUUAUAGCUCAAUAGAACAAAGCUCGUCAUCUGACCAAGAAGCUGAUGCAAGCGCAAACCCAAUGGAGGUGAUAUUGAGCCCAAUUAGAGUCAAGGUGUGCAGUGGAGACAUCACCAAAGAGACCGUUGAGGCCAUUGUUAACAGCACCAACACAAGCCUCGAUCUGAACUCAGGUGUAUCUGGAGCCAUUCUCAAAGCGUCAGGACCAACAGUGGUGAACGAGUGCAAAACAAAAGUGCCUCAGCCUGCCGACGGCGUGAUCUUGACCAAAGCUGGAAAUCUCUCAAAUAUCAAACACAUCGUUCAUAUGGUUGGGCAGACCACUGAGAAAAACAUCAGCAGCUCCAUGUAUAAAGUCCUGAGGUUGUGUGAAGAAAAUCACAUUCAGUCGGUUUCAUUCCCAGCUCUUGGAACGGGAGCUGGAAACUUGCCGGCAGCAGGAGUCGCCAAUGCAAUGACUGAAGCUCUGAUGAAAUUUGUAAAGGACUCACCAAAACAUCUGAAGCGCGUCCACAUUGUGAUCUUCCAAGCGAAACUGCUGCCUGACUUUCAGGAAGCUGUCAAGAAGUGCAAGAAAAUUUCUCGGAAUGCUUCUGCAGUACGUCAGCAGCCACCGGUGAGCCGGACUCAACUACCUACCUCAACUACUCAACUUUUUUGUCUAGCCAAAGAAACGGCUGCUGUGUUGUUUCCCGUUAUGUCCGUUGACGUUUACGGGACAUCCAAAACAAACCUGGCCGAGGUCAAGAGACACCUGGAUGAACUGAUCUCUGAUGAGUGCAUCAGUAAAGAUGUCCAGUCGAGACACAUCGCCGACCUUCCUGAAACCGACAAGAAGGCCAUCGUGAGCCUCAGCCGAACCAAUCAGGUCAGCGUUCUGGUGACCAGUCUGGAUAAGUUAACAGUAUCAGGGAAAAAAGACGACGUCUUGGAUGCCAUGCUGAAGAUAAACGGCUUCAUCCAAGCAGCACGAGACCAAGAGAUGCGAGCAGGUGAGGUGAAGCGUAUGCGGGAGACGCUGUGUUGGGAGCGGGCCGGAGGAGAGCUCUGGGAGCCGCUGGAUCCUGCCGUCAGCUACGACAUCGAGCUCGCCUUCCACGACAAGCAGAAGAGCUUUCAGUUCCAGGAGAACGGCGAGAGCUACACGGUGGACUUCAGCGAGAUGAAGCUCACAAACAGCAAGCAGGAGUCCUGCAGGAUCAAGAGGACUCUGAUGGGAGAUUCGGAUACGGCGAUCAUUCAUCCUCCUCCAACAUGGACCAAAAUGGAUGGACAGGAUUUAGAAAUAAUCACCUUACAAUCAGAUUCAAAUGAGUACAAGAAGAUAAAAACAGACUUUCUGAGCUCCAGUAUCCACCCUAAUGUGUCACCCGUACAGGUUGAACAGAUUGACAGGAUUCAGAGUCAGUCCCUGUGGCAGAGAUACUGUGUGCUGAAACAGGGCGUGGAUAAGAAAUAUCCCAAACAGACAAACGAGCGCAAGCUUUAUCAUGGAACAACUAAAGACAUAUGCCAAAAAAUCAACAAGAAUGGCUUCAACCGAAGCUUCUGUGGGAGAAACGCGGUCGUUCACGGAGACGGCACAUACUUCGCUAAGGAGGCCUGGUACUCUUGCCAGGAUCAGUAUUCCAACCCAGACGACAAAGGGCUGAAGUACAUCUACCUAGCGCGAGUGGUGACGGGGUCCAUGUGUAAGAGCAGACAAGGAAUGAAGGAGCCGGAUCCCAUCAACCCUGCUGACCCGCGGGCCGGUCUGCACGACUGCGCUGUGGACAACCUACAAGACCCGUUCAUCUUUGUGGUGUUCUGUGAUGCAGGAGCGUAUCCAGAGUACCUCAUCACCUUCAAAUCUAAAUUCUGAAUGCACUCAGAUCUCUAUCUGACAAGCACAUGAUCAAGUUUACAAACUCUGUUGACAGACAGAUUGAUAUCAUGGGAGACUCUAGAUGACUUUGACCUUGUCACAAAUAUAUCACCACGAUAAACACAUGAAGAAAUGUUUUCAGAUGCAACUUUUAUCAGUAGCGCUGUCUAUCACCAAAACAAAAAAACAACAAUCACUAAAUUAAUUGGUAACAACUUACACUAAGGUCAUAUUUGUUAACUAAUUAAUGCAUUAACUAACAUGAACUAACAAUAAGCAAUAUAUUUUUACAGCAUUUAUUAACCUAUGUUAAUGUUCAUGUUAGUUCAAAGUGCAUUAACUGAUGUCAACAAAUACAACUUUUGAUCUUAAUCUUAACAUUUACAAAUACAUUUUUAAGAUUAAUAAAUCCAGUACAAGUAUUGUUCAUUGUUAGUUCAAGCUUAUUAAAUAUUAACUUUUGAUCUUAAAAUGUAUUAGUAAAUGUUGAUUAACAUUAAAUGCUUUAGAAAUAUUUUUCAUUGUUAGUUUCCUGUUAACUAUUUUGUAGUGUUAUGGUGAAUAUAUUCAUCAUAAUUGCCCAUCAGAUGAUCACUGAACUCUGUGAUCCGUUCACACACGACACAUUGUUUAAGACUUGUUAUUAUGAUUAUCCCUUUGUCACAUUAUUUUAAUAAUGAAUCAUUCUAAGGUAACACAUUAAAGACCACCUGUAGUCAAUAAUAUUAUCCCUUAAAACUCAUAUUUGAUCACCAAAAUUACAUUUUCCUUGAAAAAAAUUCUUCAUUCCUAAAAUAUCUUGAAUGUAACUCGACACCCUUGCCUCAUUUAGUAUACAAGGUUCUAUGAAUAUGCAAAUUAGCCCCGCCUCCACUCACUCACACCAGCUCAAAGAUCCACUCGUUGAUGAUCACACACUGACGUGAUUGGUUACAAGGUAGUUUGUGACGUCAGAAACACCAGCAAUUUCAAACUGCGUUUUUGAGACUUUAGAUCACUGCAGUUUUAAGAAGAAAAUACUCAGCAAUGGUGUCGACUUAUGAAUUUGCACAUGGUUUGUCUUAAAGCACAUUAAAAACUUGAUUUUCACCGCAGGGGGACUUUAAAUCAACAGUUUCAAUCUGCAGUGUUUUAAUCAUUCUGAAUGUAUGAAGGAUUGAUUUAGUCUGUUUCUGAAACUUUUGAACAAAAAUAAACAUUUUUGUGAUU